GAGCGGCGCCUGCAGGUAGCCAGCUGCAGGCUGCGUUUACAAGUUUGGACCAAGAAGUUAGUGUGGAGUGGACACAUGCAAUGUAGACCACAUCCCAAUUGUUUUGGAAGUUAUGUUUGGUUUUAUACCACUGGUGAAAUGUCGAGUUGAUCAUACUUUGUUUAGCUUGGAGGUGUGACUUUGGGACGAUUCCUGCUGUAACCUUAAAAAAAACACUUUCUGCCAAACUUGUAAUGAUGACUUUCGCAAUGCACCGGCCCAUGGCAACGCACUUGAUGUACCCCAGCCUCGGGAUGAUGUCCGAGGACGAGGAAACCCGUAGCGAGAGCGACGGCAGCUCCACCGAUCAGUGUUAUGGAAUAUGCACCCAGACGCAGAAGACACGGCGGAUCUCCCUGCAGACGGACGGCAACAACGUGGUGAUCGUCAAGCAGAGGAACGCGGCCAACGCCAGGGAGCGAGACCGGACCCAGAGCGUCAACACCGCCUUUACAGCGCUGAGGACUCUGAUACCCACCGAGCCGGUGGACAGAAAGCUGUCAAAGAUUGAGACUCUUCGCCUGGCCUCCAGCUACAUCGCCCACUUGGCCAACGUGCUACUGGUUGAAGAGGGCCAGAGUGACGGCCAGCCCUGCCUCGGCCCUGCGGUCUACACGCAGGGGGAGAGCGGGGCCAAGCAGCCUCGGAGGCCCACCAUAUGUACCUUCUGUCUGAGCAACCAGAGGAAAGGGAUUAAGGAUGGCAAAGACUGUAUAAAGAGUCGAGGGCUGGGAUCCCAUCGAAUGAGACGUUGAGUCAGAAGAAAGAACGCCUGAUUCCCCUGGUUCACCUUCUCCUCACAGACAUUCUCAGGAAAAACAAAGUAAUUUGGUUAAACGACAACAUACAAAGACCCAGAGGACCACACAUGCUGGAUACAACGGAAGAUAAACCAUCUAUUUAUGACCGAAGCGUAUGUAUGCUAAGGCCUAUUAAAAAUGCAGUGCAUUAAGAGUUUAUGAUUUUUGUAGUGUGAAUACUGAAGCCUUAAAAUGAAAUAUAUUUUUAUUAAAUGAAAUAUUCCUGUGUGA